AUGACAACAAUUAGCUCAUGCACUGAUGACCAACAAAUUUCUACUUUGAGUGAAGAUAAUUUUCAAAAAAUACCAAAGUCUGAAAGCGAAAAAUUAUUCUUCAUUCCGAUGAGAUGGAACUUCUUCGAGAAGUAUUUCGAAUUAAAUCCAAGCGAUACUUGUUUUUCUGCAAUAUUUCUGAACGCAUUUUUCCAUCCUGACGAAAUUGUAAGGAAAUAUGCCAGAGAAACGUUUACUAAGACACUAAGACGCUGCAAAGUUAACAUAAUUCCUCCUUUGAACCCAAUUAAUUUACUUCUUGACGAAUUAUUGGAAAACAAAGCAGAAAUAGUCGAAGAUACCCUCAUCGACAUAUCUCUUGUCAUGGCCACAAAAAAAGAUAUAGCAAAAGUCGAUUAUUUUGAGUUAUUAUACUCAUUAAUUAAUGAAAAUAAUUAUAUAACUUAUAUGAGUGUCUCAUAUAUAUUGUUUGCUUCUAAUACAGAGAUCUACAAGCAUUUCUUCCUUCUUUGGCUGUCAACUCAAAAAUAUUUCAAAGAAAAGGACGAAAUACAGUAUCAGAACAUGAUAUCUUACUUCACAGAUAGAUCUGUAUUAUGCGGAAUCUCAAAACAUUCACAAGUUUAUAAAAUUUUUGCGGAAUUUUGGAACAAAUACGAUUUUACUCCGGAAAAAAUUGCGAGUACCUUAGAUAUAUUACUUGAAAGCCAACCAUCAUCAAAUUUCACUCCUUUAUUCACUAUUUUAGGAAAAGAAAAAUGCAGAUUAAUUCUUUGCAAAUUAAACACAGAAUAUUAUGAAUUGGCAUUCUUCUGUUCAUUCCUAACCUAUGAUGAGUUCUCAGAUCCACAAAUUGCCUUGCUAACCAUUGAUAUCUUGGUAAGAACUAUAAAUUCAAGGCCAGAUUAUUAUAUAAUGUUUGGAACUACUAAGAUACAUCCUUUUAUUGUGUUUUCAAACAUUGCUGGCCAGAUAAUUUCAACAAAACCUUCCAAAAAAGAUGAUAUGGACCAAUUAUACAAAUCUUUAGCGACAAUUGUCCCUAUUGAUGCACAUAUCAACUAUUCCAAGAUAGUUUACAACAAGUAUCAACCAGAUCUCUUCAAAAUUAACUUUGAUUAUAAUAAUUUUCUGAAAGAUCUGCUAGAUAUGCACAAAACAAUGGUUGAUAAUGAAAGAAAGAGCUUCAACAAGAUCCAUGAUGACUUCGAUCAGGACAUAAAGAAUGAUAAAUUAAGGACUUCCAAAUUAUUCACUUCAUUUAUGAGAACUAUCAGCACAGACGGAGGUCCAUGGUCAUCAGAACUCUGUAAAUGCUGGAAAUACAUGGCGAAAGUUGAUUCCACCGGUAGAAUUCUCUUCUAUUCACGAAAUACUCAUUUCACUGACCAUAAAAACGCAAGAAACAAGAAAGGUGACAAUGAUGAAGAGAUAGAACCAAUCAAAAGCUUUGUAUUAUCCUUUAAAAAAGAAAUUCGGAAAUCAAUUUCAGUUUUCCAAGCGACAUCAAGGAAAAUUACAGGGUUUUACAAUGGAUACUUGCAUAUUCUUGAUGAUUCCAUCUGUUUCGAUGGCGUUUAUUCGGCAGAUUCAUUUGGAAAUACGAGAUUAUUAGAAAAGAAGCGUCCGUUCUUCAAAUUGAUACAAUACUCCGAUAUAACAUUUAUAUUUAGAAGAUAUUUCCUGCACGAAGACUGCGGAAUUGAAGUUUUUACCAAAAAUUUCAAAUCUUAUCUUUUUUAUUUUGUCAAUUUUGACACAAGGAACAACUUUUUGGCAACUGUAUCCACAAAAAUACCCAAAGUAACGCUUCCCAAGGACCAUCUCUUCUCACAACUCGUUUCAAAAUUCGGAGGAAUCCCGAUACAAAAUUGUGAAGCCGAAGAAUUGCUCUGGAAAUCGGGACUUGCGAAGCGUUGGUCAUCAGGAAGAUUAUCUAACUACGAAUACCUGUACUUAUUGAACGUAAUUGGCGGAAGAUCGUUUAAUAACGUCAGUCAGUACCCGAUCUAUCCAUGGAUUAUAGCUGAUUACAAGACAAAUAAAUUUGAUAUCAGUAAUCCAUCGUUUUUCAGAGAUCUUUCGAAGAUGAUUGGAGCUUUGAAUCAAGAAAGAUACGAUACUCUCAGAAACGACAGAGAUUUGAUAGACGAUCCAACAGAAAAAUCUUUGUUCAGGUCAAACAUGAGUAAUCCAAGCUCAGUUUGUGGAUUCUUAGUUCGUGAAGAGCCAUUUACGACGAUGCACAUUAAAUUACAAGACGGAUACUUUGAUAAAGCCGACAGAUUAUUUUAUUCCAUUGAAUCUGCAUGGAAUAGCUGUAAUAAUUCGGCUUCCGACUACAGAGAACUACUUCCCCAAUUUUAUUGCAAUUCAAGGUUCUUAAAGAACGAAAACAAGUUCAGUUUCGGAACUAGAUCUACAGGCGUAACAAUAGAUGACGUAGAACUUCCGAAUUGGGCUUCUUCUCCCUAUGAUUUCGUUGAUAAGAAUCUAAUUGCCCUUGAAAGUUCAUAUACUAGCCAGCACUUGAACGAAUGGAUCGAUCUGGUUUUCGGAGUAAACCAAAGAAUCCCUGAAAGUGAGUUCCAUUGUUUUUCAUAUCACGAUUGUAUGAUUGGAUUGACAAAUGAAGAAGAUAUCGAGCUCAGGAAGAACUAUUGUGCAAAUUUCGGAUCAAUGCCUACGAAAAUAUUCAGAGUUAAGUCUCCAAAAAAGAAUAUUCAAAUUCCAUUAAAAGUUUUUGACUACCAGAGCAAUACAAACUCAAAUGGAAACACAGCACCACCUCCAAAAAUUCUGUGUCUGCUAAAUGGCUGCUGUUUAACAGAAGAUGGCGUUUUUACGAAAUUAUCUCGAAAAAUGCACAAAGUUAAGUUCAAUUACAGGUUCACAGAUGACAUGUUAUACGCAGUAUCCACAAAUCCACUGACGUUAUUCGUUUGCGGCAAGAAUUCGCCUGUUGUCACUUCAUUUCCAUUUAAUCAUCCAAAUAAUCCAACCAGAUUAAUGCAUUCGAGUUCAAACCUUAUCUGCAUGUCAGCAACAUCAGAUAGAUUAGUUGUUUGCGGUUCUGAUUGUUUUAUUUAUUUAUGGAAUUCAAUGACGAGCGAAUUAAUUUCUACGAUGCAGAUCCAUUCAUAUCCUAUUGUAGAUGUAUCCGCUUCAACAGAACUCGCCGCUUUUGCUUCAAUUGACAGAUCUCAUAACAUUUUCGUUGUUUCUUUGACAGAUAAGCAUGUUAUAUCACCAUUUAAUGCAAAAGUCUCUGAAGAUGUUAAGAACCAUAAGAUUUGUCUCACACAGAAUGGAAGAAUCAUAAUUUCUAACAGAAGUGACUCAAAAGAGAACAGUAUCUUAAUUUUCGAUAUUUGUGGAUCAUUAAUAAACAAAUUGGCUUAUGGCUGUGAGGUUGUUGCCAUAAGAUCUGCAAUGCUUUCAAGCGGAAACGUAUUUUGCAUCGCAUCUCUUGGAUCAAGGAGAAUAGAAUGCAUUAGUGAUAAAACUAAUGGUAUUGAACGUAUGCCAAAUGAGGAUUCAAAAAAGGUUAAUGAAAGUUUCAAUCCAAAUUUCGUUUCAAUUCGAUCUAAGGAAAAAACAAUUUGGUAUGGUACAAAUUCCGGAUUAUUAUCUAGAAUUGUUUUAUGUAAUGAUGUUUGA